AGAGAGAGCGAGCGAGUUGUUUGUGGUGUGAGCUCUGCAGGCCUGUCGUGUAGAAGAGGCGGAACUAUAGAGCACUCCGUCCAUCAGAAGUGACUGCUGGUGCCCUGACUGCUCCACCCAGCACUCUACACUCUCAAACUUUCUUCCCUUUCUUCAUGCUAUCUAGCUGACACAUCUCACACGCUUCUAAACGCUUUGUCGCUGUAAGGGGUUGUUUUUUGUACUUUUAUUUGUAAAUAAUUGUAAUAAUAAUAACAACAACAUUUAAGCAACUUAGCAAACAGAACUAGAGGCGGAGCGACAUCACCGAAAAAGGUGAGCUCGCGCGAGCAAACUUUUGAACGGGAUACAUGAGGCUUCACCGCUCAGCUGGACCCGAACAGACAUCAUGACUCGACAUCCUUCGUUAAGAAUAUUCCUCCCUGCGACUCUCCUGUUGCUGUGUCUGCUUCAUCAGAGUAUACUUACAGAUGGUCAAAAUACAACUUCAGGUGUUACCACAAGUGAUGUUACCAGUGUUUCUACUGAAACCACAUCAUCUGUGUCUCAAACCUCGAAUGUGACACCUGGGAGCAGUGAUACUACAGUCUCUACAGUUAAUCAAACUACAGGAGCAACAACUCAAAUCUCAGCAUCUACUAGUGUUACCACAAGUGAUGUUACCAGUGUUUCUACUGAAACCACAUCAUCUGUGUCUCAAACCUCGAAUGUGACACCUGGGAGCAGUGAUACUGCAGUCUCUACAGUUAAUCAAACUACAGGAGCAACAACUCAAAUCUUAGCAUCCACUAGUAAGACUUGUGCUUACAGAUAA